AUGGUCUAUUCUAGAAUGUGCCGGCCAAACAAAAGAACUGCCAUUGUUGGAAAGGUCUUAGCAGUUUUUCCAGAGGUGGAAAUAGACUGCCUGGGGAAAAAACAGAAGAUUCUAUUCACGAAGCCGUGCCCAGCGGAAAAACAGGCGUGGAUUCGGGUCUUCGGCGCCUCUCGGAACGGCAUAUUCAUAGCGGAUGCCUUUCACAUGCUAAAAAACUCGGAGGCCAGACACUUCAGCAGAUUCCGAAAAAGAGUCAGACAGUUUUACAAGAGUGAAUUAAAUUUAAAUUUACACCCAAUAAAAAAUUAA